AUGAGACUCAAGCUACCCCUCUUGUUCUCUCUACUGCUUAGUAUCUACCAAGUCAACUCCAUGCGACCUCGAAAUGAUCUCACAACAACCGCACCAGCUUCAGUCCUUCAACAGAACCCCGGGUGUGCCUUAGUUAGCUCUACACUAUUCAAAUGCGAAUCGAUCAGUCCCGGAUUUACCUCUCUUGUCCCAUCAGCACAAGCACAAUGUCUGUGUUAUGACUCUUCCAAGUGGAUUCCGACAAUUUUUGACAAAGCGGUGCAGACUUGUGCCGAUUUUGCAAGCACAGCUGUGCCAAGCGCAUACCCGGCAUUUGUUAACUUGGAGGGAUUUUGCGGUAAUAUUGGAAACAUAAUGACGACAAUGGGGCCUGCUACCAUCGCUACCAUCGCUCCCAUUACGACUCAUGAAUCUUCAAUCACGACUCCAAUAAUUCAUAGUGUGAUACUAGCUUGCUAUACUGCUUCAUCUCUAAUACAAUCUUGUGUUGGCCUGAUUCCAGGGUUUAUGACUUUGGGUCCUUCUCAGCAGGCUUCAUGCUUGUGUUACGCGAGCGUCACAUCCUGGAUCCCAAAGUCCUUUGAUAAUGCCAUCGAGACUUGUUCCCAGUUUGCGCAAAGUGAAAGUGGGGUUGCAGGGUUGAUCUCGAUAGUCGACAUGUUCAAUAGUGUCUGUGAAAGUAUGGGAGAUAUUUGGACAACGGGGGACAUGUUUCAUCUAUGA